GCCUAAGCAACGCACGCAAACUCCGUGUAAGAUAACGGAUCGCUUUCGCGCGAUCUAGCUUCGCUGCUACACGUGGAUCACUGUGCUGGAGUGGGUGUGAAAAUUCUUACAUAAUUGGCGUUCGGUAGCGUGGUUCUAGAUGAAUGAACCCCACUCCGUCUGGAACCUUUAGGUACUACGUUUCACCGAAUCGAAAACAACUGAUAUAAGACUGGCGUCUUGCCCCAAACAAUAGUUUAUUCCUCCGCCAAGCGUGUCAAUCUUCAGAAGCCUCUCCACACCGGUAGUUGCCCGUGCGUCGUCGUCCGGGUCAUAGUGAUUAAAAGUUUUCGUCCGGAAGUGUUUCCUCAGUGUAGGGCAAAGUCCCCCCGCAUCCCACUCGAGUUCGCGUUUGGAGUGCCGUGUCAAGUGCAGCAGCAAGUUAAUUAAUUCCCGCUCGACAAUGAAAGUGCUGGCAAUCGUUGCGUUGUCCACCCUCUGCGCCGCAGCAGUUACCGCCGCCCCGGAAGAUUCCGGUGCCGCCAUUGCUGCCGCAACCAUGGCGGAAGACGGCGCCAGCAAGAGGAACGAAAAGCGAGGUGUCGGUCUCGGGUAUGGACUGUCCGGUCUCGGUUACGACAGCACCCAUCUCGGUUACACAGGCGGUCUCGCCGGCUACCACCACCCGGCUGCUGGUUACGUUGCCCCCGUCUCACCCGUUGCGAGCACCACGGUCAUCAAGUCCGGAUAUGCGACAAUCCCUGUUGCUAGUGCUGCAUACCCCGCAGCGUACGACUACGCCAAGUACACCGGCUUCUACCCGGGAUACACUACCGGCUACAGUGGACUCGGUUACGCCGGUAUCCCUGUGGCCACUAGUGCCACCGGCUACGGAAAGAUUGUCCAACCGGCUACCGCCACCUACAGCAAGGUGAUCCACUCGUAUCCGCAUUACGGAACCACUGUGGGAGCCGUCUCGCCCGCGUUGGGGUACACUGGAGUGGCUGGAUAUCACGGUGGAUACGUCUACUAAGGCAACUGCGAAUUUAUUUACAGUUGCGUGUGUAUCGAAUUUCCUCAGAUCCGGAUGGUGGUGUUGUUCUGUGUGUAGAUAUAUAAAAGUCUCAAAUUGUGCCUAUAUUAUUUAUUUUGAUUUGUGUACGCUGAAUAAAGUUUGCAAUUGUGAUGACCUA